GGCUCCACUUCUACAAGUAUGGAGAAGGCAAAAGGCAAGGAGACCUCCACAGAGAAGUCAAGGGAAGAGGAUCAGCAGGCUUCUAAUCAACUAAACAUGAUUGCUUUGCCAGGAACAUCAGCAAAGGGAACCAAAGAAAAAAUGUCUGUCAAAGGCAAUAAAGUGCUCUGUCCUAAGAAGAAGGCAGAGUACAGUGACAACCCCAGACCUCAGAAGAAGAUACCAAUCCCUCCAUUACCCUCUAAACUGCCACCUGUUAAUCUGAUUCACCGGGACAUUCUACGGGUCUCGAAGCUGAGCUCCAAAGGCCAGAAAUUGGAUGCAUAUAAGCGCCUGUGUGCCUUUGCCUACCCAAAUCAAAAGGAUUUUCCUAGCACAGCAAAAGAGGCCAAAAUCCGGAAAUCAUUGCAAAAAAAAUUAAAGGUGGAAAAAGGGGAAACGUCCCUGCAAAGUUCUGAGACACAGCCUCCUGAAGUGGCCUUUCCCCCUGCGGAGGGGCCACCUGCCCUGGAAGAUUCCACUGCUCUCCUUGAGGGAGUUAAUAUAGUUGUGGUGACAACUUCUGCCCCAGAGGCUUUGCUGGCCUCCUGGGCGAGAAUUUCGGCCAGGGCGAGGACGCCAGAGGCAAUGGAACCUCCACAAGAGGCCUGUGGUGUCAGGUGGUGUGUGGUCCAUGGGAAAAGCCUCCCUGCAGAUCCAGAUGGUUGGGUUCACCUGCAGUUUCAUGCUGGUCAAGCCUGGGUUCCAGAAAAGCAAGAAGGGAGAGUGAGUGCACUCUUCUUGCUUCCUGCCUCCAAUUUUCCACCCCCGCAUCUUGAAGACAAUAUGUUGUGCCCCAAAUGUGUUCACAGGAACAAGGCCUUAAUAAAAAGCCUCCAAUGGGAAUAG